AUGAACACAGAUACAUCGCUUAUCAGCAACCGAGAAGCACCGCUGCUUCACUACAAACCCCUGAACGCUGAGACUCGAGAAAUCAGCCUCGUGACGAUCCAACCAGGUGACUUUGAUGAUGAGAUUCAUUGCACCCUCUCUUUGGCUUGAUUGAAUGAUACCCUCGACUAUGAAGCCCUGUCGUAUGUGUGGGGAGAAACCGGCAAUCCCGACUUGAUGCGUGAAGUUCUCAUCGAUGGGGUACUGAGUUCGGUCACGAUAAAUCUUGAAGUUGCUCUUCGAUAUUUACGAUACAAACCCGAGCCGAGGGUGAUGUGGAUUGAUGCAAUUUGUAUUAACCAGAAGGAUCUUGAUGAGCGAGGUUCGCAGGUGAUGCAUGUGGGAAGUGUUUAUUCGAUGGCUUCUCGGGUUGUCGCUUGGCUAGGCGAGGAAUACGAAGAUAGUAACCUGGCUUUUGAUGCAUUCGGAGCUUUGCCUACAACGGAAGCCCAACACUGGGAUUCUGAAAAGAAUCCUUCUUUCGAUCAGUGUUAUCUAGGUUCAAAAUAUCUCCUUGCGAUGCGCAAGGUAUUGCGUCGACCAUGGUGGCAGCGUGUGUGGAUUAUCCAAGAGAGUAUUCUUGCAUCAAAUUUAUUGUUCACCUGUGGAAACCGAAGUAUAUCAGCGGACAAGAUUUCUGCUAUGCAUUCAAGCUGCAAGUUUCAUGUCCACAAUUGCUGUCGCAAGGUCCUGUGGUCUCGGAGACCUCACUCAACCUCAGAAACCGUUAUGUUGUGGUACUGGCGAAAUAUGAACUUGCGAGCCCGAAGCGACCGACCAUCCCUCUCCCGACUUCUAAGUGGUUUCAGAAACUACCAAUGCUAUGAUCCUCGCGAUAAAAGUUAUGGCUUACUGGGACUUUGUAAUGGAGCAGAACGGAGAACGAUUCUACCAAACUAUUCCAUAGACACCUCGACAGUCUAUCACCAAGUCGUAUUGAACACAAUUGCUUUUCAAGAAUCAUUGGAAAUAUUCAGUCAUAUCGGUUUUAAUCGUUUGUCAGACAGGUCCUCGGAAAGUCUACCCUCUUGGAUCCCAGCAUGGAGUUUGGAAAUAGAAAGACAUACGAUGCAAGCUUUGCUGUACCGACAAGAGGAUGUCUGCCUGUACAAUGCCUUGGGUGAUAGUACCACCAGUGCUAUAUGUGUGGAACCUGGGGUCCUCAAUUUGAAAGGGAUCUUGUUUUGA